AUGUUCUCCUCAAUACGCUAUUCAGUUACGGCGGCAACACGAGUGGGCGCACAAGUCCGAUGGACGUCGAAGAGACCAGCUGCCUGCAUUCCCGAGCCUCGAGGUGAUAUCACAACCCCCUCCAAAUUCCUCUUCGCAAUCGGCCGCAACACGCACAAACUCGCCGCUCCAACCUUCCCAACCUGGGACUCCCUCUUCACCCUCUCCGCCUCCGAUCUCAAAUCCGCGGGACUAACACCCAAAGUUCGUCGCUACAUCCUGCAUCAACGUCAUAAGUUUGCGAUGGGGCAGGAGGUGAAGGAGGAGGGGUUGGUGCAGAAGUUUGGGGGUGGGGAGAGGAAGAGGAAGAUUUUGGGGACGGUUGGGAAGAGGAAUCCGAAGGCGGGUGUGUGGUGGUAUUAG